AUGAAGCUGACAGUUGUCUUCACGCUUGUCACCCUGGCGCUUUGCUGCUACUCAGCUUCUGCUCUUCUGGUUGACAAUCUUCUGCCAAAUGUGGUGCCAAACGUGGUGCCAAACGUGGUUUCCGUUCCUGUCGGCGUCCUCACUGACCUGAUUGGAGGGGUACAGGGCUGUGUGAACGAGCUCACCCCCAAAGCGCUGUCUGCCCUUAAUAGGGUGCUGGGUAUCCUGGGUAUACUGAACGUCCUGGGGUAAGGAUUCCUGCAGAGCCAGGCGCGGAUCUCGGAUGGAUGAAUACC